UCCCCAUGCUCUGUAACGUGACAGACGGCCAUUUCCACCAAUCGGAAGACACCAAUCGCGUCACGCGCAAAACGAAUCCCACUGGCCAAUCCCAGCGGUCGCUUUUCCCCACGUGCCAGUUUCGCGGCAAAAAGGAUUUCGCGCGAAAACCGUCCAGCCUUGUUUAGAUAUAGAUCAGCUGGGACAACAACAAUGACGGCUGCUAAUGGGGUCGGCGCGGCUCGUUUACAGAUGGACCCGAUCUUCGGCGAGCAGACGAAGGAGCAUCGGCACAUUUUUUAACGUUUGAGCGAGUAUUUCCUCCGUUUUGUCUGCAUCUCCCGCGUUUCUCCGAGUGCUUCCUGCGUGCCCCAACAGUACGAGGGGGACCGAAGAACUGCAGCUAAUCCCUGAAGCUAGCAUGCUAAAGUUCCCCGUAUUUCCGCGCUAAACUCUCUGUCGUCGCCGUCGCCCGGACGGAUGGUUGCUUUCUUUUGGGAACUAUUUUCUCAAAGAUGGUGUGGAUCUGCGAUCAUGAUGCCUCCGCCGAGUGAAUGUGUAUUUUUUUUAUUGCUUAGAUAGCCCAGUUCUGUGAGCGUCUAUAAAGUUUUCCGAACCCGUUAAUGAAGCCAUAUCGUAGGGAAAAGGAGAUAAACUUUUAGGUAGUGGUGGUAAAUGUAGUCCUCUGCUGUUGUUCGUGUUUAUUAGCAAAGUUGUUGUAGUCUUUUCUUGUGGUAAGCUAGUUCGUUAGCUUGGUAGCUCUGUGUUUGAGGACGGAGUGGCGAGGCCUCUGACAGGAAAACGAAAGACUAGCAGGCUAGCUCGCUCAUGAUCUCAAUUUACGGCGGGUUUCUUCUUCUACUUCGUCUUUUGACCUUCUUUUAUUUCCGCUGAAAACGGCGCGCGAGCCGAGCAGCGCGUGAGCCUAAAAUUUCAGGCUCGCUGUAGGUCAACCUUCAGCAGGAGGAGGAGGAGGAGGAGGAGAGGUUAAUGGAUCAGCAUUUUCUCCUCAAGUCCUCCUAACAUGUUUGGGGUCACCUGGUGCUGAGCCUGUUUUGAUACCCCAGUUGGUGCCCCCACCCUCCCUGGCAUUCCCCCAGUCUGCUGCAGGAGCCCUUUGGGCGGCAGGCAGUGCCAUGUCAGAGACUCUGAUAACGGGUCAGACAUCCGAGGAUCUGCUGAAGGACUUUGAGACUCUGCUGAACUCCGGGAGCAUCGAUCUGAGCCAGGACCACCAGAUCGUCAUCAUCACCAGCCCCAGCAAUGAGGGACUCCACCCGCUGGCCGCCCCCAGCAGCACGGGGGAAAUCCUGCUAUUCGCCACGCCGCAGAGCCACGCCGACGCGGGGGGCCAGGACAGGAGGAGGCCGGCUCUGGGAAGACCUCCGGUGAAGAGGAAGCUGGACCUGGAUAGCGACCACCAGUAUGUCAGCACCACCCGAUCCUCCGCCAGCCAAGCACCUCCUUCUACUCCUGCUCCUCCCAGAGUUCCUCGAAGCACGGCGGAGAAGUCGAGGUACGACACCUCCCUGAACCUGACCACCAAGCGCUUCCUCAACCUGCUGUCCCAGUCGGCCGAUGGCGUGGUGGAUCUGAACUGGGCCUCGCAGGUCCUGGACGUCCAGAAGAGGCGCAUCUACGACAUAACCAACGUCCUGGAGGGAAUCCAGCUCAUCUCCAAGAAGUCCAAGAACCACAUCCAGUGGCUAGGAAAUCGCAUCGACGCCUCCAUGGUGUCCCGCCAUAAGGAGCUGCAGAGGGAGGCGUGCGACCUGACGGAGGCCGAGGAGCAGCUGGACGAGCUGAUCGCCAAAUGCAACCUGCAGCUGCGGCUCCUGACUGAGGAUCCACAGAACAAGAAGCUGGGAUACGUGCGCUGCCAGGACCUCCGGCAGUCCUUCGACUCUCCGGAUCAGCUGGUCAUGGUGAUCCGAGCUCCUCCGGAGACGCAGAUGCAGGUCUCCGAGCCCAGUGAGGGCUACCAAGUGUCGCUGAAGAGCACCAGAGGUCAGAUCGACGUCUUCCUCUGUCCGGAGGACAGCUCCGGCGUUUGCAGCCCAGUGACGGGAACCAGUCCCUCCAAAACCGGCGCCGACCCCUCCCUCGCCUCACCCCUCCUCCCGCAUCCUGCAGAGCCGCCGCCGCAGCUCAGGAGCAGCGCCGCCGCUCAGGAGGCGGCUCUGGCGUCGCCCGUGUCCACGUCGUCCACGGCGACGGCAGCCUCACAACAGGAAUCCACGGCGAUCGGCGGAGACGCAGAAUCCCUCCUGGGGGGCGACCCGUUCUCCAGCCUGGGAGACAUGGCCGACUUUGACCUCUCGCCGCUGUCUUCCUCGGACUUCCUGAACGGCGAAGGCCUUCCUCUGGCGUUGGACAACUUCAUCAACCUGUCUCCUCCCCAGAGCCACGAUUAUCACUUUGGUCUGGAGGACCACGAAGGCAUCAGCGAGCUCUUCGACUGCGACUUUGACGAACUCUCGCACGUCCUCGGGGACGGUUAGCUAACGGAGGAAGAGGGCGGCCGGUGUGGCUCCACCGUUUGCAGAUUCCGAUGGAGCGGAGCAACAAAGAGGACUGAGUCGGGUCUGAAUGACCCGCUUUGUGUCUUGAACUUUGGGCUUUGGGAGACUUAUUGUGUUCAAAUGACCAACAAUCCCCCAGAAAACGUCUUGAAAUUGUACAGAAAUUCUUCAUCAUCACUUCUUUGUGGCCAUUUUCCAAUUUUAGACCAAGACUUUAGCUCUAGAAAGCUAUUUAAAUUAUUUAUAUGAAUUUAAUCUUUAUUUUUUCUACCUAAUGAGCUUUUGGGUGUUGUCGAUAAAGUUUUGUGUGGGUGGUAGAGGUGUGUGUGUGUGUGUGUGUGUGUGUGAUGUUUGGACUCGUAGGGGGAGGUCUCCUUCGCAGGCACGCCGUGAAUUAAGGUUUGCCGCCCCAGAUGCAUGUUGGGAGCUUUAGUGCGGGGUCGUUUCCCUCGGCGUCGGCAGAGAAGUUCUUCUGAAUCUCGGAUGAUUUGGAGGAAGGAGACGGCGGGAAACGUUUGGACACCAACUUUAAAUGCCGCCUCUCUCUGCGGAGAAACCGGGUGACGUCCAGCUGUGGGCGGGUAAGAAUCUGAUCAUGACUGGAGUCCUUUCUGGAGGUCUCGGGUGCUCCGGGCUGGAUCCAGUCAGAGGGGCGGUUCUAGCCGGGUUUUGGGGCGUGGUCCCGGCGUGUUUCCAGCAGGGUUUUGGACUCGUUGAAAGGAUUUCCACACAGGAACUUGCUGCUGGUCUCCAGCGUUUGCACUUCAGAGGAGGAGGAGCUCAGGCCUCCACCGGGUCUCCUGACGGGCGGAGGCGGGGUCUCAGCGGGGUCGUCGCGUCGCGUCUGCUUCUCCUCGUCUUAAUUUAUGGAAGCUGAAGACGUUUUCUCCAUUCCUUCUGUUCUGGAGUUGUUCUUUAUUGCAUAUUUAUUUUAAAUGUUUUAAUUUGACAAAAAAAAGGUACAUUUUAGUUGUAGUUACUUUCUGUCAGGAAGGGAUUUGUGUGUAAAAUCACAGGUGAGUGUUUUUAGUGUUGAAGUAUUCUGGAAGUGAUCUUUAGGACAUUUACCCCCCAGAGAAAGUUUCCUGUCUGUCUGCAGUGAUUUUGGUCGUUAAUCAUUAAAAGUACUGGAGCCCAGAACACGUGAGAGCGUCAGACUGUCCUGGGUGUCGAGUGGCCAGGAUAGGCUCCAGCAACCCAGUGACCCUGUAAAGGACAAAAACGGGUUUAGAAGACAAACGAAUGAAUGAAUGGAAGAACCUUAGAGAUCCAUUAGAUGUUCUCAUGAGUGGACCAUCAUGCUUUGAUCAUGAGUGGACCAUCAUGCUUUGAUCAUGAGUGGACCAUCAUGCUUUGAUCAUGAGUGGACCAUCAUGCUUUGGGGUCGACCUUGCGUGUUGUUUGCGCUCCUCGUCUGAACGUGCACAAACUGCUGUUUUAUCUGCAGCGUGAAGGAAACUGUUGUCCAACUUCUCAGAAAAAGUGAAAACUCUUUGUUCUGGUCUGAAACUAGUGUUCUGGUUCUGUGCGGUCCAAAUGCAGUGCCUUCUUGGGUUUAGAUCUUUAGUCUUUGCUCUUGUGAGAGUUUUGUUGUUUUCAGGAUCUUUUUUUAGGGGGGGGGGGGGGGGGGUGUCUGUGUUGUUUGCACCUUUGAAUGAAGCUCAAACUUUUCAGGAUUGUUGGAUGAUGAGUCUGUCUUGGAUUUCUCCUCAAAUGUGGCGUCUGAUCUUUGUAAUACUCUAACGUUUUACCUUUUAAAUUAUUUUCUGUGCGUUCAAAGUAUUUUGAUACAAACCUGAUGCAUCAGGUGUGUUCCACCUGUAGGGGGCGCUCUGGGUCUAAUGUGGAACUAGCCAUCAGAGGAUUCAUGUUUUAUAGACUUGUUUUUCCCCAUUUCAUUUGGAUUUAAAGUUUAUUUGAAAAUAUCCAGAUUGAAACUGUUUGUGGACCUUUUUUAGUAUCAAUUUGUCUUUGAUGUAAAUAAAACAUAAUAUUUUGAUUGGAA